AAUCGGCUAUUUAAGGAGCUGUUAGCCAGCAACCAAGCCAGCCCCCCCUCCCCACGUACACCCGUCCAGAGCCACCUUAAAAGCAGGAGGCAAUUGUGAAGUCGCUGGCCAGCAAGUAGAGUGAGGGCUGCAAGGGGAGAUAAAAAAAGAGAGGGCAGGAAGAGAUUUUUCCUGGGGACCCAGAAACCCACGACACCCCACUGAAAACCAACUCCCCUGGAAGCCCGCAGAGACACAGACAGCAAGAGAAAAAGAAAUACCUACACUCCAGGAAAUCUCUCUUUCUCCCCCCUCUUUCUCCCCUCUCCCCCAACCCCGCCUGCCCUCGUCCUCUAGUUUCCAAACUCCCAGUACCUUCUGCUCCUUCCGAGGACCAUGAGGUUCUUCACGCUCCUGCUAGAGGUGAUUUGGAUCCUGGCUGCAGUCGGGGGUCACCACUGGACGUAUGAGGGCCCACAUGGCCAACAGCACUGGCCAGCCUCAUACCCGGAGUGUGGAAGCAACGCCCAGUCCCCCAUCAACAUCCAGACAGACAGUGUGACUUUUGACCCCGAGUUGCCCGCUGUGCAGCCCCACGGAUACGACCAGCCUGGCACCGAGCCUUUGGACCUGCACAAUAAUGGCCACACAGUGCAACUUUCUCUGCCCCCUACCCUGUAUCUGGAGGGACUUCCCCGGAAGUACGUAGCUGCCCAGCUCCACCUGCACUGGGGUCAGAAAGGAUCCCCAGAGGGGUCAGAGCACCAGAUCAACGGCCAAGCCUCAGCUGCAGAGCUCCACAUCGUACAUUACGACUCUGACUCCUAUCACAGCUUGAGUGAGGCCGCUGCGAGGCCUCAGGGCCUGGCUGUCUUGGGCGUUCUCCUGGAGGUGGGUGAGACUGAGAACCCAGCUUAUGAACACAUUCUGAGUCACUUGCAUAAAAUUAGGUAUAAAGGUCAGAAUACCUCAGUGCUUCCCUUCAACAUGCGAGCGCUGCUCCCCCCACUGCUGGCACAGUUCUUCCGUUACAAUGGCUCGCUCACCACACCUCCCUGCUACCAGAGUGUGCUCUGGACCGUCUUCAAUCGAAGGGCCCAGAUUUCAAUGGGACAGCUGGAAAAGCUUCAGGAGACACUGUUGUCCACAGAGAAGGAACCCUCUACGCUCCUGGUACAGAACUACCGACUCCCCCAGGCUCUCAAUCAGCGAACAGUCUUGGCUUCUUUCAUCCAAGCGGAAUCCUUGUAUACCACAGGUGAAAUGCUGAGCCUCGGGGUGGGAAUCUUGGCUGGCUGUCUCUGCCUCCUGCUGGCUGUUUAUUUCAUCGCUAGGAAGAUUCGGAAGAAGAUGCUGCAAAAUCGGAAGACUGUGGUCUUCACCUCAACACAGACCACGGAGGCAUAGGCUCCUGCUCGGACAUCACGGAUGCCUUCCCCUCACGCCUAUCAGGGAGCUUCUAGAAUGGGGAGCAGGAACUGGCCAGAAAAUACUGUAGGAGUAGCAGGCAGACACCCCUCCUUCCUCCAGAUAGCCCCUAUAGAGGCAUGGACAAGCGCUUGUUCAAGGAAGAACAGCUGAGCCUUCAAUCUCUCAAAACAUAUAGAUCAGGAGAACCCUACCCUGACAAUGCAGAGGACGAACCUUCUUUAGUUGUAGGGGAAGUUGGGAAUGUGCCCCAAAGUCCCCUACCCCCUUUCUUUAUGUCCCUUUCCCUAGGUAUGGGCAAGAUAUCCUCUUAGGGAAAAAACGUUGCUGUUUGGGGGGUUAUACUUUUGCUCAAUGUAUUUGGGAAUUAAAGUUUCUGACCUCA